UCAUCUAGUCUGCUUACUGGUAUCUUUCUACAUCAGCUGCAGCUUGGUUUUUCAGGAACAGUAGCGAGCGAGACCCGUAGCCUGGAGGAAUCGACACGAAACCCAAAGGACCACACCAUUUUGCGGUAAAACGGAGGAGACAUGACGUCACUUCACACGCCAUUCCGCAAUUUCCGCUGCAGCAGAACCUCGUGCCAAAACGAGACCUGCUGCUGAGGGAGGUCUGCAAGUGAUCCGGCCGGUUACUGUACCCUUAGUCGUUUGACAGCCGACUCCCUUAUCGAGCUGCGUGCGAUAGGCUGGUUGAUAUAUAAGACCGUCGUCAGAUCGCAGAGCGUCGCCAGGUGUGGUUGUGCGACUCUCGGGCCAACCACACAGGAAAGGCCCUUUUUCGUUGGUGUCCUGUCCUCCUCUCCUCGCACCUCCGCCUUAUCUGUGUCCGUGUCUGCACACACGUGUGUCUCUAUCGCGUGCUCGUCUGGGGUACUAAGAAAAUACCAACCAAGAAACGACUUCGUUCAUAUGGACGACGGGUCCAGUCCAGGGCGUCUGACCUGCGAGGGCAGGCCUCACUAGGUUGCAUUCAAACAGCUUCUAGAAGGUAUUGCUGACGUCAGCGAGAUUGCUUCGCCCUAUCGCAUAGCAAGGCCAGAAUAAGAAGCAGCCGUGGCUGUUUGCGAGCCUUUGCGAGCUUCAAGGAGCUCAAGUAGGCGAGACAAAUAGACCAAAUAGGCCGUGACGAACAAGACGUGACGAACUGGACGUGGCAAUGAAGGGGCCCAUGUCGCCGCUCACUCUGCGCGCGACGGAGCUGGAGGACCGGCCGCCGGAGUGGAUGUCGCUCAUCGCGCCGUCAUCCUCGGCGGGCCCUGCGCCGCCCCUCCCGUCGUCGUCUUCCAGCAGCAAUGGCGCGGCUGCAGCUGGCUUGAAGCCCCGCCGCGUGCGCGUGCUGCCAGUGUCGCACCCGUCGCACUCCGACAUCUACAACAACUCCCCCGGGGGAGCCCGGGGAUUCCUCGGAUCCAACUGCUGGCUCGCGUUCUGGCGCGUAGUGCACUACCUGUUUCCGUGCACCAAGUGGAUGGCGGCUUAUAGCCUGCGGAACGACCUCGUGGCGGACCUUGUAGCGGGGAUAAGCGUGGGCGUGAUGCUCGUGCCUCAGUCAAUGUCGUAUGCCAAGCUCGCUGGUCUGCCCCCCAUAUACGGCCUAUACUCGGCGUUUGUCCCCAUCCUGAGCUACGUGGUCUUCGGCUCGUCCCGCCAGCUGGCAGUGGGUCCGGUGGCGAUCGUGUCCAUCCUCACGUUCGACGGGCUCAGGAAGGUUGUAGCGGAGAAGCUCCGAGACUCGGCUAUAGCGGCGGGCCUGGCUGGAGGGGGGUACGGCCCCACGGCUGUAGCAGGGGGCGUGGCGGGAGGGAUAGAGCUUCCAGCUAAUGCAGGCCUGAGUGGGUUCCAACCGUCUCGGUCCCUGCUGGACUUCCGAAGCUCUGUUAGCAGCAGUAGUGUCAGCAGUGGUGGUGGUAGCAUCAGUGGUGGCAGUGGCAGCGGCAGCAGCAGCGUUCCGUUUCCGUUCCCUGUGACUACUGCAGCCAGGCAGUUAAGCAGCAUGGGGUGGGGGCUCACUGCCGCAGAACUGACAGGAGGAGGAGGAGGAGGAGGAGGGGGGGGGUGGGAGGGCGGUAGGGGCGGUGGAUGUGAGUAUGGAGGAGUUGGCGGUGCUGCUGGCGCUGAUGGUGGGGCUGCUGGAAGUGCUCAUGGGCCUGCUCAGGUAAUGGGUUGGCUUGUGCGCUUUCUCUCUCACAGCGUGGUAUCCGGAUUCACCUCGGGGGCGGCUCUCUUGGUGUGCGUCUCCGUGGCAAAGGACAUUCUCGGCUUCUCCAUGCCGGGCCAAACCACGUUUGUGGCAGCACUCUCGCACAUAAUCAAGCAGAUUGUGGCGGGGCGGGCGCACUGGCAGCCCAUGGCGCUGGGAGGGGGCGCGCUGCUGCUGCUGCUGCUGAUGAAGGAGGCCGGCAAGAGCUGGAAGUCGCUGCAGGCGCUGCGGUGUGCGGGGCCCUUCACCAGCAUUGUCAUCGGAGCACUGGUGGUCAAGUGGUGGCGGCCUGAACACGUUCCAGUGGUGGGCGAAAUCCCCCAGGGUUUGCCCUCCCUCUCCACGGCCUUCCCCUGGGAGUACCUGCCCAAGCUGCUGCCCACAGCGCUGGUCAUCACCGGCGUGGCCAUCCUCGAGUCGUGCGGCAUCGCCAAGGCGCUGGCUGCCAGGAAUGGCUAUGCCAUCGAUGCGAACCAGGAGCUGUUUGGACUGGGCAUGGCGAACGUGCUGGGGUCCUUCUUCUCCUCCUUCCCCACCACUGGCUCUUUCUCUCGCUCGGCAGUGAACAACGAGGUGGGCGCGCGCACGGCUAUGAGUGGGCUCAUCAUGGCGCUCAUGGUCGUUGCCACGCUGCUCUUCCUCACACCGGCUUUUCGAGACGUGCCCCAGUGCGUGCUGGCAGCAGUGGUGGUGAACGCUGUGCAUGGGCUGGUCGACCUUCAAGAGCCGCUGUUCCUGUGGCGAGUGGAGAAAAAGGAUCUUGUCUUGUGGCUCUGCGCCUUCCUUGGCACGCUGCUGCUGGGCCUGGAGACUGGUGUUCUCAUCUCGGUGGCACUCUCUCUCGUCUUUGUUAUUCACGAGUCUGCCAAUCCUCACAUGGCUGUCCUGGGUCGGCUCCCAGGCACGACAGUAUAUCGCAACGUGAAGCAGUACCGCGACGCGUACACGUACAGGGGCGUGGUCAUCCUGCGCAUCGACGCCCCCAUCUACUUUGCCAAUGUCGACUACAUCAAAGAGAGGCUGCGCAAGUACGAGCUGCAGAGGGUGGCGUGGUGGAAGGACGGCAGCAGUGGCAGCAGCGGAGGCCGGCUGGCGAGCAGCGGCAGCAGCGCGGGGGCCAACGGACUGGCUGUGAUGGACCUGCGUUUCCUCAUCCUCGAGAUGUCCCCUGUUACCUACAUUGACUCCACGGCUGUGCACGCUCUCAAAGAGCUCUAUAACGAGUACAAGGCGCGCGACAUCCAGCUGUGCUUCUCCAACCCGUCGCCCAAAGUGAUGCUCACUAUGGCACGUGCCGGCUUUCCAGAUCUCAUCGGCCGCCAGUGGUACUUCGUCAGAAUACACGACGCCGUUCAGGUGUGCCUUGCACUGCUAGAGGAAACAGAGAUCACCAUCGAAACCCCUUCCCGCUACCGACGAGCCGACUCCACUCUCCGCACCGAUUCAGCAGUCCGGGGAGAAAGCAGCCAGCAGCUCAGCAGCAGCAGCAGCAACAGCAGGAACAACAGCAAGGGGCGUGCAACAGGCACGGCCCCAGACCCCGUCUCCGCAGCAAGCAGAGCGUCAGCGGCGGCAGCAGGAGCGGGAUGAGCCAGGGUGAGGUUGCAGCAGGAGCAGCUGCAACUGCAGCACCAGCACCAGCAGCAGCUGCAGCAGCUGUUGUUUCAGCAGCAGCAGCAGCUGCAGCUACAGCAGCAGCAGAUGCAGCAGCAGCUGCUGAUGUUGCAUCAACUCAUCCUCCCAUCUCAGCAGCAGCAACAGCAGCAGCAGGGGCAGGCAGGGGGGCAAGACCAAACACCUGAGCAAACACCUUUGUGGGAAAUCCAACCCCAGGUUCAACAAGUGUCUCCCACACCAGGGCUGACCCUCUCGCCGCACCUAUCAGCUAGCUUCGUCAAUCUCGCCGAAGCUGCUCGGAGAGCGAGCAGCUCAAACUCUGAAGGGGCUUUAAGUACCGUUGGAGAGGACAUUCAAUCUGUGUCAGGGGAAUCGGAGGAGAGCCUGCAUGCCAAGAGGAAGAAGAAGCAGAGUGCAUCGACUGCUGCGGCGGAUGCGGCUGAGGCUGCUGAAGAUGCUGCGUUCUUCGAAGGGAGAAUGAGCAGCGGGACGACUCAACCAAGAAAGCUACAAGUGACCACGUCUCUUACGAUUGGAGCAAAAGGGGUUGAGCUAUUUCUUGAGUUCGCAAAGAUGCUUACAAGACCAAGCGCGUCUAACGGGCAUGUUCCAUCAACAGGACAAUACUCCCCACAUCUACGGAUAUUGGCACUAUGUGGGCGCAUUCGGAAGCCUCAAAUCACACAAAUUUGGCAGGAAAAGCAUGUUGAUUACGUGCACUUAUGCCAAUUCCCACCCGCCCCUUUAGAUCACGCUAGUACCUUUUGAUCCAUCUACAAACAGAAAUGUUAACAUAUAAAGUCACUAAUGAUGA